AUGGGGAUUCUCCUCCUUCUCCUCCUCCUCCUCCUCCUCCUUCUAGCAUGCUCUCACGUCCCCUCGGCUCACGGCGUUCGCAUCAUCCAGGUCACCGCCGACGGAUGGGCCGAGAGCUACCCCCUCUCCCUCUACCAUGCCCUCACACACGCAGGCCACAGUGUCGUCCUGGCAGGCACAGCGGACGACCAGUCCGGUACAGGCUGGGCAGAUCGCGAACCCCGACCGCGCGUCAAACCAUGCAUCUACGACAGCUGCAGCGCGCGCAGCGGUCCCACGGGGACGGACGACAUAGACUACAACCUCAACUGGGUCAACUCGUAUCCAGUGACGUGCAUGCACUACGGUAUCGACUCCAUCGGCCCCUCCGUGUGGGACGGGCGCGACGCCGAACUGGCCGUGGCGGGCGUCAAGGUCGGGUCCAACACGUUCCGCAACAUCGACCGGUCCGGCACCGUCGCCGCGGCAGCCUACGCCGCGGGAAGAGCCGGCAUCCCCGCAAUCGCCUUCUCGGGGGCGUCGGUCACGACGAGGCCCUGGGGGGAGGAGGCCGAGCCGGUCGAGGGGCACGUGUACGCUCAGCUGGCCACCAGGCUGGUCGGCCAUGUCGUCUCGUGGGGACCGCCCUUUCUUCCGCGUAGCAUCUUUCUCAACGUCAACUUCCCCGAGGUGGACGACGAGUGCAGCGACGUCGAAAACUUUCACUUUGUCCUCAGCCGCAUCGACCCCAGCCCCUUUGACGAAGGGGACGUGGAGUGGUGCGGGUCCAGGAGGCUGCCGCUCGAGAGCGUCGUCCUCGGGUCGGACGGCUGCUUUGUUGCCGUCAGCAUCGCUGAUGCGAAGACCAGGAAGACGCCACAUGAUCACCGGCAGGAUAUCGUCGUGGAAAGAGUCGGUGAUAUCAUGGCUUGCUUGCCUUGGACGGAAUCUGAGGGGGAUUACGAGGAGUAUUAUGGGGGAGAUGUCGAGGGGGAGUAUUACGAGGAGUAUCACGAUUACGAUUAG